UUCGCCGCUCCGCCAUCCCGUGUUCUUCGCUCGUCCACCCCUGCCGUACGUGCACGUAAGCCGUGAACGCAGCAUCCUCUCUCUUCUCUUACCCUCUCACUCCCUCUCACACCCUCUCACUCUUUCACUCGUUCGCAAACACGAACGAUCAAACGCAAGCACACACACACACACACACAUGCACGCGCGCGCGCGCACACACGUCAAUCGCGAACGCGAGCAGACACACGCACGCGAACCUACUCGCACGUCUCUGCGGCCGGAUCGAACUGCUUCGUGCCAGUGGAUUAACGAGAUAGCGUGUCGUGCCGUCCACGAUCGCCGCAAGCAGUCGAUCACCGUGUUCUACACGCCCGACGAGAAAUCGUUCGUCGUCAGCGACCGGUCGGAGGGUGCAGGGAUGACGGUGGCGAUCGCGAUGACCGUCGCGAGGCACAGCGAAUUGACGACGGAGAAAAUGCUAAGCGUUUAACCGACGACGGUUGUCGUCGUCGUCGUCGUCGUCUUCUUCAUCGUCGUCGUCACCAGUGCGGUAUAACAGCCGUCCGUAUCGGCCAUGGCCACCGAAUACAGACAACGUCCCGGCAUGGGUGAUCAUUUCGACGACGAGGAUCUUGUAAUGAACUCAGCGCAACAGCGUCGAAACUGGCGUGGUAUUCUCAUCGCUUUGAUGGUUAUCGUUGCCGUUCUAGCCAUGAUAGUCACGUCAGUCGUUUUAUUGACUCCACCUCAACCUGAGGAACUGUCGGAUUCUUAUUCGGACUUGGAAAACGGUGAUAGAUCGGGUUCGGACUACUAUUACAACCAACGGGCGAACGACGAACUUUGGUGGCGUCGUCGAGGCAUGAGAACAUUACGUUUAUCGGAUAUUCUAUCAGAUUCGGCCAGCAUCAAAAUAUUUAACGGAACGUGGAUUUCGGGUAACGAGAUAUUUUAUGUGACCAGCAACGGUGAUUUAGCUGUGAUGGAAAUCAAAGAUGACGGAACGGUUCAAACUACUAACCACAUAAUGUCGAAAAAAAUGUUACAGAAAUUAAAAAGCCAAAUAGUGUCGUUUGAAUUAUCACCUGAUCGUAAUCACGUACUUAUAGGUUAUGAUGCUAAAAAAUUGUUCAGGUACUCGAAAACUGCUCGUUAUACCGUGUACACUGUGUCCACCGGGCAAAUGACUCCUAUAAUGUUAGACGAAGGUCAUCAAUUCCAAAACGGUACUACUCAUAGUCUACAACCUUACCUGUUACAUGCACAAUGGCACAAGAUCUCGACAGCGGCGGACAAAAACAUUGAAUCAAUGGCGUUGAUUGUUGUCUAUCGAUACGACGUGUUUUACGUUCCGUGGUCGGUGAAACUGUCAACGAUAGAGAACGAUUCUGAUAAUGAAAAAAAAAACUCGACAGUGGACUCUCGGAUUUCUAACACAACUAGUUCCGACUUGCCAUCUUCCACCGCAACGCCUAAUGACAAAUAUGAUCAUGAUGAAAACAAUUCUUCUUCUAAAUUAUCGUCGACACCCUGGCCGUACGGUCCAGUACGCAGAAUUACGACGUCUGGUUCAACGGUUUCUGCUGUUGGGACAGUGAGCAACGGAAUAGCUGAUUAUCUGUAUGAAAUGGAGAUAUUGAAGAGGUCACCAGCCGUAUGGCCAUCUUCCGGUCGGUACUUGAUGUACGCAACGUUCGACGACCGUCGAGUGGGAGAAUACAAAUACUCGGUUUACAUGAAAGGUGGACUACAACGUGAUACAGACGAUGGCAAAGAAACCGAAAAUCAUUCUCGACAACAGAAACAACAACGGAAAAAGAAACGACGCCGGAGACGUAUUAGACGCAACGUAAAAUCCAAAGUGGCAACAGAUAAAUUAAAAGAAGACGAGACAUCCGAAUAUCAUUUGUACCCCGAAAUCCGAACCAUUAGGUAUCCAAAGGCCAAUACACCUAAUCCCGUUGUUACUUUAUCGGUGAUAGUCAAUCUCGAUCAACUCAGAAAUCCGCAAAUACAACCAAAAAUACGCACACUAACACCUCCACCUAUUUUUCAAUAUACUGAUGACUACUAUUUCACGGCAGUUCAAUGGGUGAACGACGGAGGAGUUGGUGGAAUAGGUGGCGCAGACGAUGACAAAUCGGGUGCUUCGGCAGCUGAGGUAUGUGUUGUAUGGUUGAACAGAGCACAAAACACGAGCGUGACUACAUUAUGCAAAUCGCCCAUGUGGAUGUGUCAAGAGACCCAAGUGAUCAACGCAGCAAGAGCUGGUGGUAACACCAAUGGUGCAGGAGGACAAGGAAGUAACAUGUUUGGUAAUGAUCAUGCACGCCGUCGGUACCGACGCAAUGGUGGUAGCUCACAAAAAUCACAGUCGGAAGCCGCUCAUGGAAUGACCAACAACAAUAACAAUAACGGGUCGACUUUCUAUCGAGAAGACCGACAUCACCACCGUCAGCAGCACCAACAACACCAACAUGGUCAACAUCAACACAACGGCCAUCGGAGCCGCCGACGACGUGCUGGAGACGUUAAUAACGGCAACGAUAAUGGAACGAAAGGCCACAGACAGUACGGGGGUUGGGUGGAUGCCACUGUAGGUGGAGCCGGAGGUGGAGUGGCGUCAACCGGUGGUGGUGUCAACGAUGGUGGAUUCGCUGUUUCAUCGUUGACAGGAGCCACGUGGUGGUCGGACGAAAUUAACGGUAACAACAAUUAUGACGGCGACAAUUUCGCCGGCGACGACGGAUAUGCCGGCAUAUCGGGUAUUGGCGACGACGCAGGAGCUGGAUACACGGUAGCUGCAUUAGCCCGAAGGGGAUGGGAAACGGGUGACAAGGAACUGACGCCGCGGGCCCCAGUGUUUGCGGCGGACGGUCAAGGGUACGUGAGCGUGGCGCCGGUGCGCGACGAAGGAUUCGACGAUAACGAAGAUCAAAGUGAUGAAGGUGGCGUGCGUCUGAGACGUCCGUCGUCGAAACAACAUUCGCAUUCACCACAUGACCGGAAUGGUAAAGAACGGUCAUCGCUUCAGUCACCGGUCGGAAAAUAUUUUGCUCAAGUGGUAGCCGUAAACAUAACGAAAAAGUUGUUAGCGCCUCUAACAUUUGGCGAAUUGGACGACGAUGACGACAGCGACAACGAUAAAGAAGAUAAAAAAAAGAGAAACGUGGUCACUAAGAGUUGGACAGUGGUCAGAAUUUUAGCAUGGGACCAACGGACCAAUAUGAUAUACUUCUUAGCAGUACCGUCAGGCCGCGGUGCACCACACCAUCGUCACUUAUAUGCAGUAAAGUUUACGCCUGCUGCGUCUUUAUCGGCUACAAAUGUUGAUAUUAGUACACGGGCGGGGCAUCAUCAUCAACAGCAGUACCGUAAAAAUACACAUCACAACACUCGUAGCCGUCCAGUAUGCUUAAGUUGCGAUGUAGGUUUUACCACCAACGUACAAGGGCGCGAGCGUCGUGAUGUUCCUGGAAAACAGAAUCGAAUGGACGAGGCUCGAGACGAUCGGUUGAGGCGACAGCAUCGAGAACGGUGGGAGAAUCAACAGGAAGAGGAUAAAGACAACGAAGAAGAAGAAGAAGUCGCCACUGCAGAAGAAGCAGAACUCCGUAGACAGCGAAAUCGUCGACAGCAACAAAAAAUGAAUAAUCGCGGUGCAAUGAGACAUUGCACAUACUAUGACGCUCAAUUUUCCCGAGAUGGUAGCCAUUACGCUUUGAUAUGCUUGGGUCCUUCGGUGCCUUAUGUAACAUUACACAGAAUCUUGAUGGAUGAUAGUGAUAAUGGUGAAGACAACAUCAAUGGUAGUGGCUUCGGCGAUGAAGUAGUUAGUAUGCCUCAAACUACACAGAAGUGGCUUAAAGAUCCUUCUUUUUCUUUUGAAUUCGUGGCACUCAUUGAAAAUAAUACUCGUCUACAGGACAAAUAUACGAACCGAGUAUUAUUACCCGGUACCAGAACAUUUCAGUUAAGACUUUCUGGUGGUCGUAAGCUGACAACUUCGGGUGGUUUACAUUUUAACGAUCCACUAGCGGCAGCCGAUUAUUAUAGCAAUGGUGGUGAUCAGCAACUACAUUUUUCAACCAGAAAACGUCCAGAUUCAGAUCCUUUAACCGUAGCUCAGGUUCGAUUGUAUCUACCACUUGGUGUUUACGACCCUGAAGCUGAUCCUCGUCCAGAAUUUAUGUUAAACCAUAUUAGUAAUUCUGUAGAAAAUACCAAAGGUAAAAUUGAUAAUGUUUCUGAAACUGCUACUGAAACCAGUGAUAGUCCUUCGACUCCUCACAGUCGUCGACGACGACAUUCAUCAUCAUCUCGUGAAAGUGAUAACGAUGGAUCAAAACGACAAAGACGACAACGAAAACAACAGCGACAUCGUCGUUACAAAAAAUUAUAUCCUCUGCUUGUAGUAGUAAACUCGGAUCCAGGAUCUCAAGCCAUAACUGAUCGAUUUGCUGAUCGACUUGGAUAUACGACGGGAUUAUUAUGUUCGGGUUCAUUAGGUAGAAUGCUGUUGAGUCCUGGUGGUGGUAAUGCAGCAGGUAUAAGAUACGGUAACAACGAAUUUGAUCAUCGAAGGCAGAAAGGUCGCAGAAAUCGUCGUUCCACAGCAACCAGAUAUUACUCCUCUGGUCAUUCAGAUUAUUACGAUGACGAUUUUUAUGAUUAUAAUCAAGAUGAUACCGAAGAUACAAAUAAUGAGUACGUUGUGGCUGUUAUAGAUCCAGGCCGAGGUACGUGGGCUCGAGGUUACGAAUCACUGUUGGCAUUGAACUACGGCGACGGCAAUGAUAGAUAUGAAGAUAUAAGUGGUAGUGAUGGUGGAAUAGGUAGAAUACUAGGAACGGCUGACCUUCGUGAUCAAUUGGAAGCAGUUGAGUAUCUGCUUUCAAGCGCUACUAAUACUAACGAUGAUUUCAAAGACAAUGGACAAGGAUAUUACAGCGAAGAUCGUCCUAGAGGAGGUCGUGGUAGUCGAGAUCAUUCUAGAUGGUUUUCGUCAACAUCCCAAUCGAAUAGAAGAUAUUACAGUGAUGACGAUGACUAUUAUGACGAAGAUGAAGAAUAUGAUGACAUCAAUACUAAAAACGAUAACGAUGAUUACUAUUAUUAUUAUUACAGCAACGGUGGGGAUAAUAGUGAUUAUGGUGGUAGUAGUCACGGAGAUGAUUUUUACAGGGAUAGGGAUGAUAAAAUAAGUAGAAGAGACCGUAGAAGUACCAGUGAUACAAAAGUAAAUUCUGAGGCACUAAGAUUGCCAUAUGUUGAUGCAUCUAGGGUGGCAUUAUUGGGUGGUGGUCCAACGUCGCCUUCGACCCCAUCAUCAAUUUAUGGCGGCUAUGCUGCCGCACGGAUGGCUUUAUGGCAAACUAUUUAUGGUGGUGCACCUAUGGAGAAAAAAGGCAGUGAAUCUAGUGGAAAUAGAAAAGAACCCGUAGCUAUUCACUCUUCAUUCAAAUGUGCUAUAACUAUGGCACCUGUGUGUUCGUGGCGUAUGUAUGCAUCAACAUUUGCAGAACGAUAUUACGGCUAUUACAGUGGGAAUGAUGAUACUUGGAUGUCAUAUGACCGCUCAGACCUAAUACCAUUUGCAGUAACAUUAAACGAUUCGUCUUUAUCACCAUCGUCACAAGUAAAAGGAAUUAACUUAUUAGUGAUGCAUGGCACAGCAGACACGACUAUCCAUCCACAGCAUUCAAUGAUGCUGGUCCGAGGAGUCAUGCAACAACAACAGCGCCAAUACUUUCCAACAGGUUUUACUGGGAGUCUAAGACGGCGAAAUAUUAAUUCAUCAGCAUCCGGAGGCAGAGUCACCGGGGGGUUUCCUACACGGACUGGAGCUAUUAGGAUAUCACAAUUAAUGACGCCAGAUGCAGACCUCAGUAAUUCAAGAAUGGCUACAGGGGUAGAAAAUAGUUUUCCAAUAAACCACAACCAUCAAUUGCUUCACUCGAUUUAUGGACAUAUCUCUCAAUACCUAGCUAACGAAUGUUUUACUAGUGUGGGUGAUGGGAGCAAUGGUCGAGGCAUCAGAAUCCGUGGUCGGCGUUUGCGAAAACGAAGAAGGAGGAGAUGGAGAACCGGCAAUCGAGAUCAAGAAAAGUCAGAUAACCAACAACCGCAACAAAGAGGAGAAGAACAUGAACAACGACCGCAAAGUCAACGUAGUGUCAGCAAUAAUGACGCUACUAAUGGUGAUGAUCGAGGUGGUAGAGGUGAUCGUAGUGCUGGUGGCAGAUACCGUCGACACGAUGUUGAUAGUAAUCAACAUAUUUUGGAAAGAAGGGUUAAAGAAGGCUUAGUAGCUAUACAAAUUAAGCCCGAAAGCAGUGGCUUAAAUUAUAAUAGUAGCACGAGCCGUAGUGGUUGGGGCAACAACUUAACGAGUGACUUCAGCAAUCUGCAUAACGCUAGGAUAAGUAGUAUUAACAAGGGUAAUAAAGGACGAGAAAAAGAAGAUGACGAAGAAGUAGAGGUAGAUGACGACAACGAGGGCAGUGACGAAGACUAUGAUGAUAGAGAAGAUAAAAACGACGAAGAUGAAGGUGAUAGUAGUGAUGAAGAGAUAGAUGAUGAUGAGUAAAUAACAUCACAAAAAUAGUGGUAGAUACGCACAACUAAUAUACUAUAUUGUUGCUAUUUACCGGUGGAUGAAUAGUCAGAUAGAAAAAAUGGCUAUCUCCCAAUAUGCGGUCUACCACAAAAAAUAUGCGGUCUACCAAAAUGGACGUGAUCUGCUGUAAUAAUAUUAAAAAUAUAAAUAAAAAAAAAUUUAUUUUAUUAAGGAUCCACAAAGCAUAAUUUCAUACCUCUAAGGAAAGCAUCAAAAAUAUUAUCAGUUUAAUUUUAUCAUCGCCACCAACACUCGGCUAAGUACCUCUCUAAGAGGUCUUCAUUAGUACUUCACAUUUUUUUAACGAUUUUGAGUAAAUAAUAGUUAAUAAUAGUUAAUAGUAAUAGUAAAUAAUAAUGACUGGAGAUUCCCAGCUAUUGGUAGAACACAUAACAUUGGUAGACCGCAUACUAUACUCAUAUUUAUAGUUACGUAGCACACCAAAACGGAGGUAGACCACAUAUUGGGAGAUAAUAAACUGAUCGAAAUAAAAAAAAGAGUAGUUAUCAUUUUAGAUAUUAGUUUGAUUAGAUUCUUUUCAGGUAUUUGAAUUUAUAUUCACGAAGAUAAAUUAAGUGUAUACUAAGUUCUAAGUAAAACAACAACAAUCAAUCAAAAGUGAAAAAAUGUUAAGACUUAUUUUAAACAUAUUAUUAGUAAGUAGCACUAUGGUAAUACAA